GCUAAGUGUGCCGCCAUUUUAUAGUGGAAGCGUGCGGUGAAAGAAGGUUGAUCGAGCAAGCCUUUUUCAGCAUCCCGCGUUCAAAUAACCGACGUUUCAGUUUCGACGGAAGGCUACAAAAUUUCAAAGCAGUUUUGGUGGUUGUUUGCGGUUUUCAAGGGCUAUUUGAGUUGUCUGCGUCUGUCCAUAGCAAUAGGUGAAUUGUUGUCGAUCUUGCUUCCCAAACGAGUUGCUCUCUUUUUAUUUUCAUAUUUUAUGAAUGAGGGAUAAAUCGGGGUUGAAAUGCCAAUUUAUAUAUAUAGGUUGUGGUAUGCAUUUUGUGAGGUGCGCCAAAAAGUAACUGAGUUUAGCCUUAGCGAACGCAAGUUGUGAAUCUUUACCUAAACUUUAGAGAGCAAUCAAUCGAAGAUUCCUUUUGUACAGCUAGUCUUUUAACAUGAAGGUGGUCAGUUUGUCGCUGCUGUUCUUUCGUUUCUUUUGGCUUUAUUGUGUACCGCCUUACUGCAGAUGUGGUUACUUCGUUCGUGGAGUACCAUGUUGAUUGUAGAACUUCGACUGACAACCCAAAACGAGACUUACACGCUUACGAAUGAUAUGGGGGAAGUCCAAUCACGUCGUCACCAAGAAUCCAUUUGUGUAAAUCUGUAUUCUGGAGAUGAUUUCUUUAAUUAGAUAAAUAGGUGUAAGAUCUGGUUUGAGACCUUUGUGACUUGACCCAUGAUUGGUACGGGGUCAUAGGAGCAAUCAAAGGGUGAAUAUCUAAUUAUCAAUUACACUGUUGAUCAAAUUUCUAAAGUAUGUGAAAGAUGAAGUGGCCUAAAUAUUCAUUUUACCGUAAAAAUAUGUGGCAGGUGUUUAGCUUAUGUUUGCUAAAUUGUCUGUGUAAUGAUACUGGAUCUAGUUUGUGGUGUGAUUUUUUGUUGUUGUUGCUUUUGUUUUGUUGUUGUUAUGGAUUUUUCUGCAAGCAGUGACUUGGUGUAUUUGGGUAAUGUGACAAUCCCUUGUUGUGCUUGAAUUUAAUUGCCCUGAAUAGCUCAGCAGUUAGCUUUAAAAUAGUUAAAAGUGAGAUUUGUUUGCUGAGUAGUUUCUCUCUCAUCCAACAGUUCCAGAAAUAACAAAAUUCUAGGCACUAUCAUGUUCAUUAACAAUUUGGGCAUGAAAGUGUUAAUUCUGAGUAGUACUUGGAAAAUUCAUUUUUAUCUACAGUAAGUAUUAGAUCAGUGGAUUAUGGAUUAAAACCAUGAUUACAACACAAUUACUGUCAAGGGACUGAGGGAUUCCACCCCUUACAACUAACAGUCUUUUAAAAGUAAUGUUAUGAUUGUCUAAGUGUAUCCAUGUUGUCAGGAAACAGUUGUGUAUUUGUCACUAAUUCUUUUGCACAUAUCUAUGUUCUUGUUUGGGGGAAAUAUGAGAAUAUUAAUCAUUGUAAUCCACCAGAAAUGUUUGCUCAUGCACGAUUGCCCUAAAUGCAUCACUUGAUUGAAUAUGCCCCUGUUAAACCGAGGAAUAUACAGUGACAUCUUACAUGUGAUAUUCCUAAAUUUUCAUACUUUUCAUUUGAUACAGUAAAUGCUUAAUUUAAAAUUUAAUUGAAGAUGAGAGGGCAGCAAUACCUAAUUACUUUUAUUUGCGUGCUUUGAAAGUUAUAUUACAUUCUAUUUAAAGCACAACUUUAAAACUGAAAAAUGUGACAAGACAAACAUUUACUGACAUUAAUGACACUUACUACAUGUACAUGACAAAAUGAAAAAAUAAUAUCAUGAUAUAAUGAAGGGUAUGAAGCAAACAUAACAGCAAAUGUAUUGUUUUAAAUAGAAAGCAUGAAUUGUGAAACGAAAGUUAGUUUAGAUGUGAAAUGCUUUAGUCACUCAACACAUUUUGCUUCAGCUUUUUACCCUUUUUUUAUUCGAAUGGAUGGUGAAUGAUUGCACAGAAACAAAAUUAAUGUUUUGAUCAAUAUUAUUUUGAUGGGGGGAGAGGGGGGUAGGGAGGUAUUGUAUUUCCAACUUAUUUUUUACUUGUUAAAAAAAAAGGGAAAAGAAAAGAGUUGUCUUAAACUCUGUGUUAGAGGGAAAGAAGCCUUUGAUAGAUCAAUUUUGUUGGACUUGUAAUGAAAGACAGUUUCAUACUAUGAUCGGAAAUUUGAAUCGUGGACCUGUCUCCAAGUGAUGUUCAUCUGGGAGUCAGUGCUACUUCAAGGGAGGAUAAAUCAGAGGAAUGUGUUCCCAUCGCCUUAUGUUUUGUUAGCCAGGGGCUUGUUAAAGACUUGUGACUAAACUGAAGAAGUGCAGAAGAUCCACACACAUAGGACAUUUCAAGAUCUGUUUAUUCUGUGACAAUGUGGUGGUGAGAAAAGUCAGCAUUACCAUAACAAAGGAUCAUCCCUGUGGCGUUAAUUGGAGGUCAUCAUUAGAGCUCGGGUCAAGUUUAAUUGGCUUGUAGCCUAUCAAAUGUGUAAUGUUCAGUCUCUGACCAUUGUUGUUGAAAGGGAGUUAACUAUUCAUUGUCCUAGCUGCAUUAGAUUGGAGUGUUCACUGUGAUUAACUUUGGUCACUGCAUUUGGAAUCUUCAAUCUUCACAAGAGAGUAGAACAGACUGCAAGUGACCUUCAGUGAUGGCCUCUCAAGGGGAUGAUUGUUAUUUCUAUUACUACUCUACUUGUGUAAAGGGAGAGGAGUGUCCAUUUCGACAUCAACCAGAAGCACUGGGAUGUGAAGUAGUUUGUGAAGAAUGGGAAAAAAGUAGAAGAUGUUUGAAGCCAGUCUGUCGAUUCAGGCAUAUGUUGAUUGAGGAGCGCAGGUCUCGUACCCAAUGUUACUGGGAGUCACAACCAAGUGGUUGCCUGAAGCCAUUCUGUCCGUUUCUUCACACUAAGCCGAGACCCAAUGAGCAGACAACUGCAAGCACCACUUCAGUUCCUACUGUUUCACAGCCUGCUCAACCCCUUCCAGUUCCACCUAUACCUGUACCCCCUUCCUCAGCUACUAAACAAGAUGUCAGGACAAUUCCCACCAUAUCUAACACUCCAAGACCAAGGCAACCUUUACUCCAAAAUGUUUCUGUAGCACGGCAAUCAGCGGCACCCAUUUCAUACCCAACAAUGCCCAACAGGCUUGUAUUGGCACCACAGCCCCCUCAAAUGAUUAGGACACCUCAUUAUACUGGGCCUCCACGUCCAGCAGGGAUGGUUCAGCCUGUUCCUGUGGGCAGAGGGUUUGCACCUGUUCUUCCACACGUUCCAGUGCGAUAUGGGAGAGGCAUGCCAGCUCCACAGAGAUUUCCCCAUCCACUUAUCAACAUAUAUGUUGGAGGACCAGAAGGCUCAGCAACAUCAUUCUUGUCUCAAGGGGGUUUUCAAGAGGACAGAUUUGACCGUCAAGAUUCAGACUCCUACUCCAGUAGUGAAAGUGACGAUGAAAGGAGAAAAUCACACCAGACAUCCCUUCGGAAAGUGCGCAAUAGUUCACAAAGAGAAGUCUUCUCUAGUAACCGGAGAGAUAUACAUAGUAACAGGAAACAACAAUCCAAUAAACCAAGUCGUGAGAGGUACAGGACUGGAGAUCGCAGAAGACUAGAUGGAUCAAAAGACAGAAAAAAGGAUUGUACAGAUGCAGAACGGGAGAAGUCAAGAGACAGGAGGAGACCAUCACGAAGAUCUGAUAAAGAAACGGAGGAAAAGGAAAGAAAGGAUAAUAUAGAAAGACAGAGGAGAAAGACGAGCCCAUCGCAGGAUGAAAAAAAUGAAGAAAAAACAGAGAAGGAGGACAUGGCAAAAGAUGAGAGCAGUCCAGGCUUCAAGGUUAAAACCUUGGAGGAGAUACUGCGCGAGAAAGCACUAAAGAAACUUGAAGAGAGAAGAGCGCAAGCAAAAAUUGAAGAGCAGAAAGAAGCUGAAGAUGGUAAAGAAGAACGAGAAGAAGAAAAUAUGGGCAAAGGUGAAGGCGCCAACAAGUCUGAGGAAGAAGAGAGUGUUGUUUUGGAGUCUGAAAGCAAUGCUAAACAUUUGUUCGAUGAGAAAGACAGUAACAGUGUAGAACCAUCAUUUGAAAAACCAUCCGUUGCAAGAAAGGUGUCCUUGAAUGAAAAAAAGAGAUCCCCUGUCAAAAAAGUUGUCGGUUUGAAAAAGAAUUUUAUUGACAGCAAAAGUAGUAGUACUGCAGAUUCAUCUUCUGAAGAGGUAACUCAGACUAAAAGGGUUUCUGCAAAUUCUGAAGAGAACGAAAACGUGAAUGAGAAAGUAACUACUAAUGAACCUCCUUCGCCCUUUCAAGAAGUGAGAGUGAAAUCGUUUGAGGAAAUAAUGCAAGAAAAACGGAAAAGGAAAGCUGAACAAGAAGGUGCUAGAGAUUCUGUGCAAGAUUUAGGUGGAGAAUUGACCGAACAGGUAAACAGCAGCACUGCGAUUGUGACAUCGAUUCCACCUAAGAGAUUAAAAAGAUUGGUUCGGAAAUCUUCUGAGGAUAGCGACAAAGAUACAAAGGUUGUUUCGUCAUCUGCCGCAGAUACUGAUAACAAAGUAGAAAACAGGAGGAAAAGAACAGUGUACGUCAUGGACAAACCAAGUUCAAGUAAAGACAGCAAAGAAAAUGAUGUUACAUCCACUGCUUCUAAUGGAGAGAAUAAGCCACCGAAAGCUAGUUUGAAAAAGCAGGCUGCAGCAGCCGAAUGUCUUGGACAACAGAAAGUCAGAGUGAAAAGCCGAGAUGAAAUAAUGUCUGAGAAGAGGCAGCGUGCAUCUCAGGAACGUGCUGAAGCUCCAAAGGACAGCGAAGUUGCUGGAGAAGAAGAGAGAGGACUCAAUAAUUCUCCGCGGAGAAACCAAGAGAGGAAGCCUUUAAAGAGAGUUUCAGUUCCUGUUAUAAAACCAAGAAGAAUCAAGGUCUGGGGUCAGGGAACCAAUAAACAGAAGUCCACAGAAGAUUCUGUAAGCAGCAGCACAGUUGAAGAAACUCAUAAGGAUCAGGAAUCACGGGAACAAGCUGUACAAAUUGACAUCGAGGCAGUAAAGCUACCUGCAUUUCAAUCUGAGCCUGCUCUGGCUGAAUCACAGCUUAGACCAGCGGAUGCAUCAGUGAAAGAUCAAAGGCCUGCUCCUGAUCAGAGAAUUCCUAAUAAAGAUGGUAGCUUUAGUACUGCUGCUUCUGAUGUGGAAGCGGGUGCCGCUAUUUGCGAAUUCGGUGUUAAUACAGUCGCGGUAGAAGCGGAGGAUUUUCGUUCAAAGAUAACUCAAAUAACUCAGGAACCUGAAGAGGUACUAGACAGUCCUGAGAAACCUCAACAUUCACUUUCAGAGCAACAUGAUAUGGAAGAUACAGAGCCACCCAUGGAAUACCAGCCGAGUGAACCAAAAGGUUCAAAGGAACCGCCAUCUUAUGACGAGAUUAAACAGGCAAUAGCAAACGAAAUGGCUAAGAAGGACGACUUCUUCGAUGAGUUCGGCGCCGAUAUCGAUUUGGGAGAAGACGAUGGUGUUGCGGGGGAUAGUUUCGAGCUGAACGAAGACGACUUACUCAUGGAACUGGAUGAAAUGAUAAAUCAAUAGACCUAGGGAAUCAAUUUGAAGGACACUAAGAACGGGUUAAAAAUCUCGUGGAAAUGGGGCGCAGUACUGAAAUAAAGAGCGAGUCGGUUUGGAAUCUCAAACGGUAGCGUCGAGUUACAAGCAUGGAUGAAAAUAAAUCAUGGAGCAAAUGAUUGGAUGCGCAAGACUAGCAAAGAAGGAGUUAAGUUAUGUUCACGAAGACAGCUGCCAUGCUACCUUUUAAGUUAGAUUCCUAAAUAGCUUUUAACGAAUCAUGUUCGAGUUCUCCAUAUUUGCUCCUCAAAAGCCAAGUGUUGACUGGUUUCAAGAACGCCCUUUUACAGAGAAAACUUAAGCUGAGAGCCACAAAAACUAGGGCAGCUUAACACUAUUUUCUCGACGUCAUUUUAGUGAGAGAAAAGGAUUCUUGUGUAUUCUCCGGCCUGCAGCAGUUGAAUGCCAAAACUUUCCAAGUGAUUUUAAAAACUUCUCGAAACAAAUUACUUUUUCAGCGGUUUGGUGGACAAAGGUGGACAAACCUUGUUGGAUAAUGAUAGGGAAAUGCUACAUCACAGAACAGCGAAGGUUAAAGUGCACCAUAAAUCACUUAUUUUCUAGGUGUUUUAGCGAGUUUACUUCUCCCUUUCUGCAUGCCUUCAUCCUGACUACAUGUUAUUGUAAGCUACCAUUUGAUGGCAGAGACUGUAUUGUCGAAUGAAAUGAGUAUCUUGUGUCUACACGGUAGGAUAGCAGUGUGUGGCCUUCAACUCAGACAGACAUUGCCAGAGAGGAUCAUUGUAGUACGCUACUUUUGAUUUUAGGGCUGUCCAGGAAAUUGCCACUUUGUCAAACUUGCAUAUGAACCACGAGUUGGCAGUGCAUUGUAUUUGCAAGCGUCACACCCGAUCGAGACUGGAAUCUAAAACUGUGCAAAGGGAGGAAGACGUUAUGGACAGAAUAUUACUUGGAAAGAAUCUGACUGUUUGUUGGCGUUCAGUGCGCUGUUUCAAAUGGAUGACUGUCUGCCAGAUCAAGACACUGACCUCCUAAGAAUAUGAGUCUUCUGGUAUUGAAUGCGUGGCUCGAACGAGUUGUGUCCUUUGUUUACAUUUUCAGAUUUUAGUCUGGCCCGAAUGUGACUAUAAAUUACACCUCGUCUACCUUAUUUAUCUGUGGAAUGUCAUCACUCUACCGCCGACCAGCACUGUCAAGCGGAUCGAUGGGUCUUUAGGAAAGAGAUUUACGACCGAUGAAUACGAUAGUUGACUUGAAAGAUGAAAAAUUCCAAUUCUGUGAAGGUGAAGAAAUCCUGGCCCGUGGUUAACUUGUACAAAUAUGUUGGCAGGUCGCCAAUGUUUUGUUCGUGUGUUCACAUUUUCAUUUUGAAGCCUGGCAAAAGUGGACAUUUUUACUGUCGAGAAUAUCUUCUCAGUGGUUCAGCAAACGUAUGGUUUAAGGACAGUUAUUUUAAGAAAACGUCAAUUGCUACCAUUGCUAAGAAAGAGAUUUGCAGUUUUAUUGAAUAAGAACUUUGAGGUGGUUUUAUGACCAUGAUGUUUCCAUUUUAAGAAAGUAUAUUUAAUGAAAAAGACUAUAAAUGGAGUGGGCGUCAAAUCAGUUUUUGUGGUUCAAUAGUUCUAGUGUUGCAAAAUUGAAAUGCAGCUGGAAAAUUGUUGCGCUAACGCAACAGCUAACCACACACAAAGUGUAAGCAAGAAAAGGGGAAUUUCAAAAAAUGGCUUAACGAGCCUGAGAAACACAAUUAAUAUGCAUGUCUUCAAUGUGCGUGAACUUUGUUAAUAACUUGUCAAGAGUAAAGAAUUGGAGACUUUUUCCCACACGAGAUUUUAUAUACGCCGUUGCCAUUUUGUACCCACGGUUAGAUUUUUUUAAGACUCAAAUUGAAGAAUUUAAAGAUGAUAUUACGUUUAUAUAGGUAAGCGUACAAUUUAUAUAGGUAAGCGUGCAAGACAUUGGCGGGCGUUUUUUUCUGUAAGGAAAGUUGUUUCGUCCAUUCUUCCUGUUUCAUAAACAGUAUAGAGCUGAGAUACUGUUUUUGUCAAACGAAUGAAAAAAUGAUAGCCCAUUUGAAAGGUUUUGUAAAUGAUGACCCACAGGUAUUUCAUAUGUUGAUCGCAAUUUUGUUCAAUCUCGACUUUUCUCUGAAGGACUUUGAAAGUAGUGGUCACUUCAUGUAAUUAUUAUGUUCUUUGUGGAUAAGUUUUUACCAACGUGCGUCACUUUUUCAUGAAUCACUUGUUUGCCUGUCAAAUGCAAUAAAACUAAGAAACCUGGCAACA